UAGUUGAAAGAGGAGGCGGAAAAUUCUUGGUGUUCCUUUGAAGUAGAUUAUCGAGCCAAGACCUUCCUCUCGACAGACACGAAAAUCUUUCCUCUUCGGUUCUAUUCUCAUUCGCGACAACCAAAAAGAAAACACAUCGAUUCGAAAUGGCUCCUCGAGGUUCCAGCAAUUGGCGAAGACCUUACACCUCCAUCUACAAUGACAAUUAUCGAUAUGGCACAGGAUUGUACUCGGAUACCCUAACCGAUAUUGAAAAACGAUAUUCCGAUUCCCUUUCAAAAACCCAGCUACGAUCGGACAGGAGGGACUUGAAUUUUUCAACGUUUGCCGACUCAACUUUGACCGGGUCUCCAUCUCCCGGAGCUGCUAUCCGGGAAGCUUCUCUAGAAAGGCCUUCAAUGUCGCGGCAAAAGUCCGUUCCGUCGCCCUCCUUGAAUGAACUUACAAGAAGUUCUACAUUUGAAUCAAGAUUAAAUGCGACAUUAAGUUCCUCGUACGAACUAGACGAUGAAGUUCAAGAAGCCAUUAACAGCCGAAGAGAAAAACGCCUGCAGAAAAUGAUGUCCAAGAAUUCUGCAGAAGAUUCACCACUUCCUCCCAGACCAAAGAGUUUGUAUGAUGAUGCAGCCUUCUGGACCUUGCCGAAAGCGACUGAAGAUCUUAGCAUGGAUUUGGAUACGAAAAACAAGAGGAAACUUGGUGGUGGAUCAACUACUACAAAUGGACCCCGAGCAUCACAAUGGCGGGAAAAGAGCCGUGUACUACAAGAUCAGGUUGAGAGCCUUGACAGGAAACUAUCAGAUUGCAGUGGUAAACUGACAUCCGAAUUAUCUUCUUUAAAGUCAAAGUACAGCAAUGAAAUAACCGGACUUCACAAAUCAAUUGACGUGACUUCAGACCAAACAAGCGACUUGCAAAAGCUUUGCAAGAGACAAGCACUUCAGUUGCUGGAAUUACAAUCAGCUUAUGAUGACUCCCAAAGAAAUAUUCAAGAUGCUUUAGAGGAAAUGAAUCUUUGGAGAAACAGAUGUAAAUCUUUGAAAAAAGACAUGGACAAAUUACGUGAAGAAGUAGAAAUGGCUGUACACAGAACCAGUAAAGAAUGAAGAAAAUAGACUUUUGCUAAAUACCUAUUAAGAUAUUUGAAACUAACCAAAACAGAGAAACUAUAAAUCCUGCUAGAUUAUUCUCCCGAAGAUUAAAGAAGGAAGAUGCAAAAUACUGUUAAUGAUAUUUUGUCAUUCAUUAAGUGUCUGAUAACACCUUUUUGAAAACAUGAAAAUUCUUUAUCCACCGCAUAAUAAAAGAUUCAUUUGUUUUCUA